GGCAGCAUCAGCUGCGACUGGUGCUUCAGUACCUUGACUGCUCUGACAUGGGCGCAGGGCUCAGCACUAAACCCACAACCUCUGUUUUGGGAAACAAACACUCUACCACCUGAGCCAUCCUCCAUGAAAUGGCACAGCUUGUCCGAUUUUAAUCCACACGAUCUUUGGUCGAAGGUAAGAAGCUUAAUCUCCUUGCACGAGGCUACACCUGAAGACGGUUUUCCUUGCAUAACCACCCCGGCAGUAGAGAAGACAUGAGUGAGGAUAAACCUUCAGAAAGUGUGGAGACGGCCCCCGCUGAGAUGAAUUCUAUCCCCAACGGGAAAGGUCACGAUGCGGUCGAUGAGCUGACUGCAUCGUCCAAAACCUCACCUGUGGAUGAUGGGCCAACGGAAACGGUACCCAACAGUGCCCUGAAUGUUAGUACGAACAGAACUGAAAAUACAACAGCUAACCAGACAGAAGGACAGGAGCUCUCAUCAGGUGCAGACAACAGCAAAACUACACGAUUUACUGAUUUUGAGGGAAAAACAUCAUUUGGGAUGUCCGUUUUCAACUUGGGCAACGCAAUCAUGGGAAGUGGAAUCCUUGGACUGGCAUACGCAAUGGCCAACACAGGAGUCGUUCUCUUUUUGAUUCUCCUAACAGUGGUGGCCGUCCUUUCAUCAUAUUCCAUUCAUUUACUGCUCAAGUUGUCUGGUAUUGUAGGUAUCCGUGCUUAUGAGCAGCUCGGCUACAGGGCUUUUGGCACGCCGGGAAAGAUGGCGGCAGGUAUUGCCAUCACGCUGCAAAACAUCGGAGCCAUGUCUAGUUAUCUGUACAUAGUCAAGUAUGAGUUUCCUCUGGUCAUUCAAGCCUUCCUUAAGGUGGAUAAACCAGCAGGUGAAUGGUACUUGAACGGCAACUACCUUGUGAUCAUUGUAUCCAUCGCUGUUAUUUUGCCGCUGGCUCUCAUGAAGCAGCUUGGGUAUUUGGGAUACACCAGUGGCUUCUCCUUGAGCUGCAUGGUAUUCUUCCUCAUCGCGGUCAUUUACAAGAAGUUCAACGUCCCUUGCCCAUUCGUGGACUUUGCCGUCAAUGGGACUGCCGGUGGUCUCCUUAACAUCACGGAUCCCGGUGGGGUGGACGACCUCGCCUGCCUUCCCAAAAUGGCCAACCUCAACUCUCAAACUGCCUACACCAUUCCCAUCCUGGCGUUUGCCUUUGUGUGCCACCCUGAGGUGCUCCCCAUCUACACAGAGCUACGCAACCCCACCAAGAAAAAGAUGCAACAUGUGGCCAAUAUGUCCAUUACAGUCAUGUACGUCAUGUAUUUCCUGGCUGCUCUCUUCGGCUACUUGACCUUCUACGGUGAAGUGGAGGCAGAGCUGCUUCACACCUACAGUCGCAUUGACCCGUAUGACACGCUGAUUUUGUGUGUGCGCGUCGCCGUGCUCACUGCUGUCACACUCACUGUGCCCAUCGUGCUCUUUCCCGUACGAAGGGCCAUUCAGCAGAUGAUGUUCCCAAACAAGACCUUCAACUGGCCACGCCACAUCGCCAUAGCAUUCACUUUGCUCACCUUCAUUAACCUGUUGGUCAUCUUUGCCCCAAACAUCUUGGGCAUCUUUGGGAUCAUCGGUGCCACAUCUGCACCGUGUCUUAUCUUCAUCUUCCCUGCUGUCUUCUACAUUCGCAUUGUGCCCAAAGAAGAGGAGCCACUGCGCUCAACCCCCAAAAUCCUGGCGGCUUGCUUUGCUGGACUCGGCUUCCUGUUCAUGAUAAUGAGUCUCAGCUUUAUCAUUAUUGACUGGACUUCAGGCAGCAGCAAAGCCAGCACAGGCCACUAAACGGCCUUCUAGUUCUGCCCAGGAAUUUAUCUUUCCUUUUGGUUCAUUUAGUUUAUGUAUUGUUAUUCUUCAUGGUCUUACUUUGGAUCUUCCAUAGAGAAUUUUGAAAGAGUGACAAAUUUAAGAGGAUGCUUCGUCCCCACACAAAACAAACUUUGUACUGUACAUCUUGCCACACAACUACCGGACAAACUGAUUUUUUGUUUCUGUUUUGUUUUUCGAGAGCGUGUGCCUUGUUAGGUGAGAUGUACAUAAGAUGGAAACACAACAGUGUAGGAAACGUAUUUCUUUCCACAUUCAUCUGUCACUGUGAUGACCGUGAGCCUAUGGCACAUCAUGCAGAGCUAAUCUGGUUAUCAGUGCUGCUAAGAUUGCAAUACUGUACACACAUUCCUUUCAGCCAAUUCGAACAUCAAAAAUGUACUGAACUGAAGAAAUGCUUCUACAAUAUAGCCGCAACGUUCAGCUUAGGUCCAAGCUGUUGUGUAGCACAGAUAUAGCACAUUUACGACAACAUUCUGUUCCCUGCGAUCAAACUGAAUGUUUUUAAUUGUGUUAAAAAUAAGUUUGCGCCUACUCAAUUCCAAUGUAGCUACUGGCUGUCCUAAAACGAUUUAAAAUGAAUAUUUUACAAGUGGUGCCUUGAGAUACAAAUUUGUCUUCUUUCACAGUGGAAAUGAAUUCAAAUGCUAUUAAUCUGUUCCAGCCCCCUAACCCCAACGUUUUAAUUUUUAAUAGGUAUUUAAUAAGAUAUCAUAUUGUACUUUAUAAAACCAAAAAGUAUUGGAAUAAUUCAAUAGAAUGCAAAAAUUUUUAAAAUUCAUGUUUGUGGACAUUUUGCUGCUCCUUCUGGUGUGCAUGCCUUAGACACCCAUGUGGUGGAACAUAUCCUGUACAUUAUGGCUGUGUCCCUCUGUAUUGCACUAUAUAAGGGACACACCAUUUUGCAGGGGUGUCCGCAUGUCCAGAGAAAGAAAAAAAUGCAGUACUGUACACUCAAAAUUAGCCAUAAUUGACUUGGAAAAGUAGUGAACAUCCGUGGUCUCUCAACAGGUUAAUAUACCGUAGCCCACAAUGCAUUGAGGGCAGGAAGACAAAAUGGCGCAAGUGGGCGACAGCGUCAUGAUGAAUACGGUGGUCACAUGGAUUCUAAAAAAGGAGAAAACUAUGUUGGCUACUAUUUAGUGCAGGAUUAUAUAGUGAAUGAGUGGUUGGGGGAUAAGGCUCGACAUUUGGACACAACCAUUAUCUCAAGGCACCACUGUUGUGUUUUUUGUUUUUAAUGAUUGCCUAUACUGAAGACCUCAAGAAAGUUACCUCUCAGUGUUCCUCUUCCUUGAUGAUUAAAAAACGUAUGUGCGUUGUUUCUGAGUUAACCUAGACAACAGGGUCCAUUUAAGCAGCGACUCGCAACAGUUUUGUGUCUUCACUAAAGUGGAAGUCAAGAAAAUCUUUGCAAUAAUAUGUUCUACGUGCCCCCCGCUAGUCUAAACACGUUAUUAUGAUUCACAUUGCGUUGGUGGAAUACAUUGAAGAUUAUUUCACCCGUUUUCAACCAUCUCAGGGCAUUACACUGACAUUACACUGCCCUCUGCUGUCGGCAAGUAUUGAUGUCAAAAUGCUGCUGGAUUGCCCGUUGCCAAUGUCACGUGACCAAAACCCAGAAGCCACGUGACUUCCACUUUAAUGAAUACAUCCAGCAUUGGAAAUGACAGACAUGCAAUACUGAUUGCAAGGUUGCUGUUUAGCAUUAGCACUUUCUUUGACUAAAAGCACAACAUCUCCUAGUCGUUCUUACUGACUUUGCGUGCAAUGUGUUUGGUGUGUAUGGACGUGUCCCUUUUGUAUAACACAAUAUAUGCUGUAUUAAUCGACCCAACGUAAAUUCCACAAAAAGUAGCAACAUGUCAGUGGGCGUUAUAACAUACAUUACUUGAAAUUAACAUGAACUUUUCUAAUGUUCCUCUUCUUCUAUGUAGUAGAGAAAACGGCAAGCAAUUUAAUCGGAUGUAUCAUCACAAGUUUGUCAUAUUUAUGAAAGAAAAAAAACAUCACAGCUGUGGUGACUAUAUGCAGUGGUGUUGUGAAAUUUCAAAUGUAUACUCACAGGUCAGAGGUUGAACUCACAGGUCAGAGGUUGAAGUGUUCGAGUACAAACGCGUUUAUGAUGUCGCUCAAAAUCAGUGAUCAUGUCAACCUUUCUGUAUUUGAACAUUUGUUCACAUUGUCAAAGCGGUCAGUGCUGUGUGAGUGUGUUGUCGUUCUUUGGUUUCGUUCCAGAGCAAAUAUUUUCUGUUACCCUUUUGUUAUGUACCGUGUCUCUGCUUAUGAAUUUUUUCCAUUCAUUCAUUUUGCGUCAGCCACUGUAUUCUUCUUCAUUUAAAUCGGUCUCAAAGAUAGUUUAAUUAUUCAUGCACAACAGAAAAAUGCCACAAAAAUGAUGAAUACUAAUAAAUGGGACCAUCUGUGUUAGUGGCUGCUGCAUGCAAGAAAACCUCUUUCAACCUUUUGUCAACCCUCAGUGACCAUCUUUGUGAUGUAAUAAUUAAGAGAUUAAAACAUUGGCCAGCAUUUAUAAAUACAUGUAAAUACAUGUAGACCCUUUAUAUUCUAUAUGCCGAUCUAAUUUGUAUAAUGUAAAUAGCAGUGACAGUUUUAGUCAGAUACAAAAAUAUAUCAUAAUUUUCAAAGUGCUUUUAAACCUCCUGUCCCUCAAUUGGUGUCUAUUUUCUUGUAUGUCUAUUUUAAUAUGUCGCUGGCAGUAUUGUACUGUAAACAGUGUUGCAAUAAAGAUAAUGAACGUCC